GCUGAUCCCAUUUCGGUAGUACGUAGUAGCGUAAAUUCCUCAUCCAUCAAGAUUUCACAAACAAGGUAAACCCCAAGAAUUCUCAUCUCAUGCAAAGUGUGAGGUGUCUUCCCCCCUCCAAACAUCAGACCAGCGCAGUGUUUUUGAAAUCAAGAUGGCUGUUGCGUUUACGCGAAGCGAAACACCUGGUACAGAAGCGGCGACGUUAUUUUACGGCAACGAAAGAGAUGCAGACACGCUCUCUAUCAAGGAUGAUGGAAUACGAACAACAGAGGGCAGAAAUCGAGCUUUGUUUGCUUGGGAAACCCGUUCCCUUGUAAGAAGACGAAUUUUGCAAGUUGUUAUUGGUAUCCUUGGCGUUAUACUGAUUGUAUUAAUUAUAUUGGCUUUUAAAUUAAGAGUUUCAGAUAGCAAACACGACAAUAACGUCUCCUACUUUGGUACAGCAAGGUUCAGUCUUAAAGACAAACAGAUCGAUUUUAAAAAUGCGACCGAUCAAUAUGCGCUUACUGCCCAAGUCGGCCUAAAAAUGACUUCAAACUUAACACAAACACACAGCAAGUCUAAAUACGUCGCACCUGAUGGAGUGUCUUUGACGUUGACACAAGAAUCAAAUCUCACGUUUGCUGUGAAUUGGACGAGUUCUUCUAAUAAACCUAUCGUGUUUAUGGAUUGUUUUGUUUUGGCCGGGUCCCAUUGGUACGGUGGUGCUGAACUUUACUGGCAGAAAUGGCCGAUGGAAAAGGUGCAAGUUAACAUGAUGCAAUAUGUCCCUCAAAGCCUUCCUGCUUCCCAUAAAGAAUCCAAAGCAACCUUUGGUCCUGUAUUGGAACGAUAUUGGCUCAGUUCUAAUGGAAUUGCAAUUAUAGUUGACAAAUCUGUACCGCUGCACGUUAGCAUCAAUGAAAACAACAAUGGAAUGUUGUGUUUAAAAUCUGACCCGACAGGUUACCUUCAACCGGUAGUAUCCUAUCUUGCAUACAGAGUUCUAUCUGGAUAUAACCUCAGAGACUUGCAUUUGAGGGUGAUUAGGAAGUUCCUAGGUAAGCCUAGUGUUGUUCCAAACGAGGCCCUGAUUAAGAAACCCUCGUGGAUAAUUAGCAGCGAAUCUGAUAAUAUAUCAAAGGAUAUUGCAGAUUUGGAGGGUAAGAUUCUGAAGUCUUAUUCAUGUGGAAAUGUGGUCAUCAGUGGUAAAAAUUGGGAACAAUUUAAUUCUAGAGUGGAAAGAAAGGAGAUUAAUGAACUAAGAUUUAGUAAAUUGCAUUGUAAUGUGUCAAUGAAUGUUAACCCCUACCUCCAAAUUACUUCAAAGAUGUUCUCAGAAGCUGCCGAGAAGGGCAAUCUUCUAAACGAUUGUGGAGGAGAAGUCCCAGGCCUCAUCAAAUGGAGAAACUCACUCUCGGCUUGCAUUGACCUGUUGCAAGAAAAUGCCACAAAAUGGUUUAAAAGAAAGUUGGUUAACUUGACUAAGAACAAUGGCAUUGAUUCAUUUGGCUUUUAUGGAGGGGAUGUCAGCCAUCUACCUUCUUGUUAUAAUUUUCACAAUACGUCUAUGGAUCCUGGUCGCUUCUCGAUUGAGUAUGCAAACUUUGCAGCCAGCAUGGCAGGCAUAAAUGUUCAUAUUGGUCAUCAAACUCAAACACUCCCAAUUUUUGUAGGAAUGAAGAGUAAAGAACCAACUUGGGAUGGUUUAAGGACUUUGAUCCCAACUCUGUUGACCUUUGGCAUCAUGGGAUACCCUUAUGUUUUGCCAUCAGUGAUUGGUGGUCUCCAUGGUGAUGUGGACAAGGAACUUUACAUUCGUUGGAUGCAAGUUAGCAUGUUCCUUCCGAGUGUACAGUUUGACAGGGCACCAUGGGAUAUUGGCUUCAACCAGUCAUCACAAAUCAUCAAGAAUCUGUUUAAAAAGCGAAAAGAUUUAUCCCCUGUCAUAAUGGAUGCUUUUAAAAAUGUCACCCUGACUGGCGCGCCUAUCAUUCGCCCACUAUGGUGGGUUGCGCCGACAGAUCCGGAUGCCUUGAAGAAUGACUCACAGUUCAUGUUGGGAGAUACCUACCUUGUUGCACCCGUGUUGGAAAGUAAAAAGACUACAAUGUCUGUUUAUUUACCAGCUGGCUGUUGGAAAGCACAGUUUAACAGUUACAAUGUAUUUGGUAAAAAGAAUAUUGGAAUAUCAGUGAACGUUGAUGUUAGUAGUUGGGACACUCUGGUCUACUAUAAACGCUUGGAACUGUGUAAAUAGAAACAGCGAGAAUUUUUGCAAAAUCAAUUUAAAUUUAGAACCAAAUAAUAGGUAGCUUAAGUUGUGUUCACAUGAUCCAAUUCACUUCUGGUGGAUGGAAUGAAGUAGGUUAUUGAUAAAGCAGUACUGUGUUGGUUUAGGU